AUUUGAAAAUUGAACUUCCAUUUUCUGGCACUUUGAAUUUAAAUCUUCAAGUCUUCUCUCUUUCUCUCUCCUUCAGUUUUCACUUCUCCAAAAAAAAUGGCGAAAGGAACAGUUGCUCCGACGAAGAAGAAAACCAAGGCGGCCGCCGAUACCACGGAUUCCCCUUCCGUCCUCCAUCCUCCUUACUUUGAGAUGAUAAGCGAAGCCAUAUCAACACUGAAGGAAAGGAGCGGAUCGAGCCAGCAAGCGGUGGCAAAGUUCAUCUCCGACAAGUACGGCGACGCUCUGCCUCCGAAUUUCAAGAAGAUGCUGUCAGUUCAGUUGAAGAAGUUUGUGAAAUCCGAAAGGCUCGUCAAGAUCAAGAACUCCUACAAGAUUUCAUCCACGGAAAAGCUCAAGUUGGAGAUCAAAGAGGCGCGCGAGAGGAAGAACGUCGCCGCUGACAGUUCCGCCGUGCCUAAAGAAAAGGCUGGAAACAAAAACUCGGAGAAGAGUGUCAAGACAAAGAGGCUGAGUCAGGUUAACACCCCGGAGGCUCUCAAGAAAGUGAGGAAAGAUGAUAAAAAGCAGGAUUCAGGGAAAAAGGUAAAGCGUUUGAGUCUGGUUAAGACACCGGAGGGAUGGAGGAGGAAGAAUUUGCAGUCUGGCCGCCGGAAGGAAGCCAAAAAGAAGGCCAAGAACUGAAGGUACGUAUUACGUAAUGAAUAUUUUAAUGGUGGUUUUUGUUUAUUUAAUUUCUUGCUGUGGUUGUAAUAUGUUUUGUUUGUCUUUUUGUGUUAAUUAUGCCUAAAUUUUAUUACCUCGUUAUAUAUUAUGAGAAAUCUUCCGUGCAAGGGGAUACCACUAGUAUCCUAACCAAUAGAAUGCUGAAGAAAACUCUACUUUUUUC